AUGGCCACUAAAGUAUUAAUGUUAUUAUGUGUCACACUUUUAUGUUUGAGUGUUAAUGCAGGCAAACGUGAAGCACCAUUAGCGGACAACUACUUACCUCCAACAGGUGGUCAAAGUUAUACUUCGCCAACGAACUCAUAUUUGCCGCCGGCAUCUGGUCCUGCUCCUUCUAGUUAUGAACCAAGUCCAUCAUCUGGCGGUCCAUAUGCAAGUGCACCUCCUGCACCAAGACCAUCAUACAGUGCUCCACCAAGCCGCCCUUCACCAAGUUACGGACCCCCACCUAGUCGCCCUAGUAGUAGUUAUGGUCCCCCACCGUCAAAGCCAUCUCCACCACGGAAACCAUCAAACAGUUAUUUACCACCACCUAGUCGACCCUCAUCUAGCUAUGGUGCACCACCACAAGCACCUUCCUCAAGCUACGGUGCGCCAACAGCGCCAUCGAACUCAUAUCUACCACCGAAGCCAUCCAACAAGUAUGGAGCACCAUCCGCACCAUCCAAUUCGUAUUUACCACGUGCACCAGCAAGUAAGUUUGUACCUUCAUCAGCACCAUCAUCUAAAUAUGGUGCUCCGUCUGCUCCAUCUUCUACCUACGGCGCACCUCCGCAAGCUCCACCAUCAACCGGUUAUGGAGCACCCCCAUCUUUGAGCUAUGGUGCACCUAAAGUAUCACCACCUGCUACAAGCUAUGGCGUGCCAUCAGCACCAGCACUUCCAUCACCAAGCUAUGGAGCACCAGCUCCAGCACCAUCAAGCAGUUACGGUGCACCACCAUCUGCACCCUCGCAAAGUUAUGGCGCUCCUGCAAAGCAACCAUCAUCGUCUUAUGGUGCACCUGCUCCUCAACCUUCUCAAAGCUAUGGAGCACCUGCUAGAGCACCUUCUUCCUCAUACGGCGCACCAGCACCACAACCAUCACAAAGUUAUGGCGCACCAGCUAAGCAACUAUCAUCAUCUUAUGGUGCACCUGCACCACAGCCAUCAUCAAGUUAUGGAGCACCUGCACCACAGCCAUCAUCAAGUUAUGGAGCACCAGCACAACAGCCAUCACAAAGUUACGGCGCACCACAACCGUCAUCAAGUUAUGGUGCACCAGCCAAACCACCAUCUUCUUCUUAUGGCGCUCCAGCUCCACAACCUUCACAAAGUUAUGGCGCACCUGCUAAGUCACCAUCAUCAUCUUAUGGUGCACCUGCACCACAGCCAUCAUCAAGUUAUGGUGCACCCGCACCUCAACCUUCGCAAAGUUAUGGUGCACCAGCCAAACCACCAUCUUCUUCUUAUGGCGCUCCAGCUCCACAACCUUCACAAAGUUACGGCGCACCAGUAAAACCACCAUCAUCUUCCUAUGGUGCUCCAGCUCCACAGCCAUCGCAAAGUUACGGCGCACCACAACCGUCAUCAAGUUAUGGUGCACCAGCCAAACCACCAUCUUCUUCAUAUGGUGCACCAGUCCAACAGCCAUCACAAAAUUACGGAGCGCCGGCUAAAGCACCUUCAUCAUCAUAUGGUGCACCAGCCCCACAGCCUUCACAAAGUUAUGGUGCACCUGCAAAAGCACCUUCAUCUUCAUAUGGAGCACCAGUCCAACAGCCAUCACAAAGCUAUGGUGCACCCGCUAAACAACCAUCUUCAUCAUAUGGCGCUCCAGCUUCACCACCAUCACAAAGCUAUGGCGCUCCCUCUAAGCCACCAUCAUCAUCUUAUGGUGCACCACAACCAUCUCAAAGUUAUGGUGCUCCUUCACCUCCAUCUUCCAGUUACGGUGCACCGUCUUCUUCUUAUAGUGCCCCUUCCGCUCCAAGUUCAACAUAUGGUGCUCCAACUUCAGGUUAUAGUCCCUCAAUAAGCUCACCCAUACAAAGUUAUGGUCCUCCAGCACCACCACCAGCACAACCACAACUAUCACAAAGUUAUAACGCACCGUCAACUUCAUAUAGUGCACCUCCACAGUCACUACCAAGCGGCUAUUCCUCAGGUCCAUCAUCUUCUUAUAGUGCACCAGCAUCAAGUGGGGGUGGAUAUCCUUCUGCGCCUUCAUCUAGUUAUGGAGCACCAAAUAAAGUGCCAGACACCAUACCACAGAGCUACUCGGCCGAUGGCGGCUACAAAUAUAAAAAAUAAAUUGUAGCAGCAGUGAUAGACAGCAAUAUUUCUUUUAGGUGUUUCACUCCAAUCCAUAAAACAUUAAAUGCCUCAAUUUAUUCAUAAUUCGAUUUCAAUUAAUUUAAAUGAACACCUCAUUGUCGACUCAUUAUAACAUAAACGUAUUUCUCUAAAUUUCUGCCAUUUACCACCGCGUUUGCAUAUUCAUUUUUUAGUGUUAAUAGGCCUAGUAUUUCAGCAUUAUCUCAUCAAUUCGAAACAUUACUUCCUACAUGCAUCAAAAAGUGCUUCAUUUAUGGCCACAAGUUUAUCAAAAAUUGAUUUAUUUGAAUAUAACAUAAAAUCUGUUUCUUAUACUUCACGA